AUGUUUAACCCCAGCAAAAAAUUUAUCGGGGUGGAGACCCUGAAAGCUUACAAUCCCUCCACCGCCCAUAGGCGCAAGGAGAGGGACGCCGAAAAAAAGAAGAACAAAGCCGAGAGAAAGAUAACAAGGGAGCAAGCUCUCCUCAAGAAAAAUCCAGUCGUUAUCAAGGAGGAGCUCGAUAAACUCGAAGAAAUGGGUGGGGAUGCAGGCACUGGUGCUGUUCAGCUGCCGCAUCAGAGGCAGCUGCUGCGUGUGCAACUGCUGCCGAUGUAG